CUUCUUUUCAUUCGGGGGUCCGGCAUGUCUUGGCAUGUGUUAAUCAUCCAUCCAGUUUUGGCGUCGGUUCUGGAUGCCAGGGUGUAACGUUGCCAUUGUUAUCAUUCAACUUUGAUGCCUGUUCGAGGUCUUCUUUCCUCUUGUCCUUGUUCUCCUCCUCUUCCUUCAUCUCUUGGUUUGCCUCUGCCUCUCCGCUUCCCUUCAUGGUUGUGACAUUGACAUGCAGGAGUCCGCUGAUCCCGGGGCGGCCGAUGACCCCGUAAAAGGCCUUAUUCCUGCUGCCGCGCAAAAGGGCAAAGUGCCCAUCCCCCGGCUUGUCCCUCCAUCACUCAAAAACAAUCCGCAGCGCACUGCCCGUGCGUGCGUGGCCUGCCGGGCCAGGAAGACCAAGUGUGACGGUCGCAAGCCCGUGUGUAGGCAAUGUAGUCGUCUUGCUCUCGACUGUAACUAUGCGGGGUCAAAGCGUGAGCGCCAGCAGCUGGAGCUGGAUUCGGCUCGCUCCCAAGUCACAGCAUAUGAGUCUUUGUUGCGGGAGAUCAUCUCCGAAACUGCCCGCCAGGACAUCAAACCCAUCGAAGAAAUCAUCAGUAAACACCUUCAAGGGAACACCGAUGCAUUCUCCACGCUGAUGACCGCCCGAUCGCUAUCGGAUCAGCAUCUGCCACAGCCACUCCCGGGCAUCUCAUUGGCCCGUAUGCACCUAACCCUGGCCUCCAAUCGUGCCAGCGCAACUCAACCUCUGCAGGAUUGUCCCCCGAUCCAAACCACCAACAUCGGUCACUGGACUGACCUUGUCGACAAUACCACUGCCAGCCAUCUUUUUUCUCUGUACUUCACCUGGGACAACCCGACGUGGCACCUCAUCGACCAGGAGCUGUUCCUUCGCGACCUGGAGCGCGGUCAGACGGGGUUCUGCUCAGCUCUGCUAGUCCACGCGCUUCUAUUCUUCGGCUGUGUAAUCGCUCUUCCGAGUUUCUCUUACCAUCUGGCGCGACUCACGGAUCGAAGGGAGGAGAAGGUUUUGGGCCAGAAGAUAUAUUCGGCCUUGCAACGGCUUUGGAAUGUCGAGAAAGAAAUCACCUGUCUUCCUACAGCACAAUCCAGUGUCAUGAUUGGCUUGCUGUGUUGCACUUUUGGGCUGGACCGAAUGGGCACACGAUACAUCAUGCACGGCGCUACGUUAUGUCUUGGUUUAAGGCUGCAUGAGGAGUGUCCUUCUUUCCUUGAAGACACUGUCGACGAGGAUGUCGAGUCGCUUCACAGGUGUCAUAGACUAGUCGCAUGGGCUGUAUUUGAUGUUCAAGCACUGGCUGCGCAAGUGUAUCGGAAGGAAUCGGCGUGGAAGCGGCCACCGUCUGUCAGGUUCUCAGCGACCGAAGCGGCGGCACUAGACGAUGGCGAUGAAUGGAGUCCAUACCCGUUUCUCACCCCUAUUUUCAGGCCGUUUGUGCAUACGGCCGCGAGAGCUCGAGGCGGUCUCGUGAUGAUUGUCAAUGACAUAGCGGCUUUUGCGUUGAGGUUUCCAGACUCACCUCUGGACCAACAGGACUGGGAGUACGGCUUUCAGCUCUACGGGAAGCUCCUGAACUGGCGGGCCAGUUUACCUUCCACCGUCACCCCGGAUGAGAAUACGUCGCCCCAUAUUCUCACGUUACACAUGUACUAUCACGCGACAGUGGUCUCAUUAUGCGAAAUCUUUAAUCUCUAUUCUAAUCCGACGAACAAUCCAUUUGAGACGGAGUUUGACACCGAGGAUGCCAAAUUACAGGCCAUGGGGGUCAUCGGAUCUCUCAUCCUGCUGUUCCAGACUUGCCAUGGAUUCAAGUCCUUGCCGAUCGUCAUGCUCCACUACUUCUGUGCGGCGGGCGUACAUUCUGUCUCCCAACUGCGCCCUCAAGACCCGAAGUGGAGCCUCGUCCUGGAGAGCUGCGUGGUCGGGCUCUGGCACAUGAGUCUCGGAUGGGGCCGCCUGUGCACCGCCUUCCUCCGAACCAUCGAAUUGGUCCUCAAGGCGACCAACCCCGACCCAUUCCUCAUCUCCCCCAAGGUCCGAGCCGUCAUGCAACAGCUGAACACGAAUCGAUGGACGGCGACGGACGUGAAGUCCUUGGCGGCGGACUAUGUCGUGUAUCAUGUCCCGAAGUCCGAGGAACAGGGCGCCGCUGCGGGUCCUCAGCACCUGGCCCACGGGCUGCAGAGUCUGAUAGCUGCGAUGGAUGAACACUCUAUCAAUGAGAAGUGAUGCGCCAUGCGCCUCAGAUAAGGUUAUCUAUAACACGACUCAUGUGGACAUCACCAAUCUGCACCUACUCUUCGUUCAUGGUUAGUAUGGUUCAUAACACCGAUACAUCUCGACUGAAGACUCGGCUCCAUUAUGCAACUCAUCCUUGUCAUCAACAAUCCACGACCGUGGAAACAUGGGGACAGAUGUCUACAGACAUACAUCUCUAUAUGCUGCAAGCCCAGGACGACCGCAACACAUGCAGCGUUGAAAUCACGAGCAUGUUCGGUCCGGUCUCUCGCACGUGGUUCUGUAGUCAGCACGGUAUCAGGCCCAGCAUCUACAAUAUGAUUGUUAGCGGUAGCGAGCCUCUGAAUUUUAACUCGUCUAUCCGACGGUUGACUGGGUUAAGGCGGUUCUCGAGCACUGCGUAUCCAUUGGUAGAAAGGUCAUCUCGGACAUGCAAUAUGUAGUGU